AUGACACAACCAAGCGCAGCAUGUUGCCAAGGUACUCCAAUAUCAUUGCAUGGACCAGAAUAUAAACUCACGGGAGAAUUCAUCGAAAUUGAUGAGACGAAAUAUUAUGUGACCGGACCCACAAAUGCCACAUCCGCUAUCCUCUUAGUUUACGACAUCUUUGGUUUCUGGACACAAACCCUUCUUGGCGCUGAUAUUCUCUCCGCUACCAAAACUUCGUCUUCUCCUCAGGGUAUAAGAGUGUUCGUGCCUGACUUUUUUGGUCCAGGCAAUGAAGCGGAUAUCGCGUAUUGGCCUGCGAAUACGGAAGAGAAGUGGGAUUAUAUCUUGAAGGUAUUUGAGGAGCAAGCGGAGAAGGGAAAGAAUAUGAAGAAAUUGGGGGAGUUUAUGAAUAUUUUGAGAGAAAGAGAUGAAUCAAAGAAUGUGAAUCGUUGGGGGGUUGCUGGGUAUUGUUGGGGCGCAAAGAUAGUGACACUAGCUUCACAAGAAGGAACCAUCUUCAAAGCAGGAGCACAAGCGCAUCCAUCAUUGGUAGACCCAGAAGAUGCCAAAUUGGCAACUAUUCCACAAAUUGUCCUACUGAGCAAAGAUGAGGAUAAAAAUCAAUGUAAAGCAUAUGAGAAUAACCUGAAGGUCGGGUAUACCAUGCUUGUUCUGAUGUUGGAUUUGAUGGAUUUAUGGCGCACCAAGAAGUUUGAUAUGCUUUCUACACGUGACCUCGCGUUUAGCUUGGCAUCUAGUGUGGCGCGUCUCUAUUUGUUUCGAGGCCUUAUUACAAUUGGCACAAUUGAUGAACUCGUCAAUGGACUACGGGCGGAAAUUCACAAGCCGAUGAUACCGGAAUUGGUCAAAUUGGAACAAGAGAUGCGCGCUGAUUACGAUCCACGAUAUUGUGUAGCUAGGAGACAAGCAGAUACCGAGGCGGAGGAGAGACCGAACAACGAGCUGACCGAUGCUGAAAAGGCUAAGGAUAACCCAACAAAGUCUUGGAAGAGAAGUUCCUGUUGUUGA